AUGGAUGAUCAGGAAAUUGAAGAAGAGUCUCCCAAUACCGGGCCGGUAGAAAAUGCUUGGGCUAUGAAAAUUCCUAAAUUCACACAAGAAGAUAAUCCACAUGGUCUCUUAGAGGAAAGCAAAUUUGCUACACUAUUUCCCAAAUAUCGUGAACAAUAUCUAAAGGAAUGUUGGCCACUUGUUCAAAAAGUAUUGAAAUCACAUCAUAUUGUAGCAGAAUUGGAUCUCAUUGAGGGAAGCUUAACAGUGAAAACAACAAGAAAAACCUGGGAUCCUUACAUUAUUAUUAAAGCGAGGGAUUUUAUGAAGUUACUUUCCAGAAGUGUACCGUUUGAACAAGCUGUGAGGGUUUUAGAUGAUGAAAUCGGAUGUGAUAUUAUCAAAAUUAAUUCCUUUGUCAGCAAAAAAGAAACAUUCUUAAAAAGGCGCCAAAGAUUGAUAGGUCCUAAUGGUGUCACAUUAAAAUCAAUAGAAUUGCUAACAGAAUGCUAUGUAUUAGUUCAAGGAAAUACAGUUUCUACGGUUGGACCAUACAAAGGUUUACUGCAAGUCAGGAGAAUAGUUGAAGAUACUAUGAAAAAUAUUCAUCCAAUGUACAAUAUUAAGAAUCUUAUGAUUAAAAGAGAGCUCAUGAAGGACCCUAAAUUAAAAAAUGAAAGCUGGGAUAGAUUCCUACCCAAAUUCAAAAGUAAAAAUGUACCUAGGAAACAGCCUAAAAAUAAAAUUAAAAAGAAACCAUACACUCCCUUCCCACCGCCCCAACCUGAAAGUAAAAUCGACAAAGAGCUGGCUUCGGGUGAAUACUUCCUUAAAGACGAACAAAAGAAAGCUAAACGUCAUCAUGAGAAGGAAGAAAAACAGAUGUUGGCAAAGAAAGCACGACAAGAAGAAAGAAAGAAAGAUUUCAUUCCUCCGACUGAACCUACUACAUCACAUAAUAAAGUAUCCGAAGAAUCGACGGUUGAUAUUAAUCAAUUUAAGGCAAAAAUGAAGAAAGUUUCAAAACAAAACAAAGUUCUUAAUAAGAAAGGAUAA